GCAUUUCCCUACUUCGCUUUCCCACUCCGGAGAAACCAUUGAAGAGAGUCAGAGAGAGGCGGCGAGCCGUUUCCUUGGCCGCUGCGAAGAGAAAGAAAGAAAAACUUCUUCUUUUUCUUUUUCUUCGCAGCGUUAGAUAGUAGAUCUCAGCCCUCCGAUCGAGAUCAGAUGGCUCGCGCUCUCUCCAACGCCACCAUCGUGGCGGCUCUCUCCGACGGCAUCGCCCUCCUCGCCGGCAGGAGGGGUUAUUCUAGUGCGGCAGCCGCGGUAGCGGGGAGAAGGAGCAGGACGGUGGUGGAGGAGAAGGCGGCGGCGGCGGCGAUGAAGAGUUGCGGGUGUUUGGAGCCGGCGGCGGCACCGUCAUCGUCUUGGGUGCCGGAUCCGGUCACCGGGUACUACCGGCCGGCGAACCGUGCGGCGGAGACCGACCCGGCAGAACUGCGGGCGAUGCUCCUGAAGCCAAAGUCUCAGCACUGAACCAAAAAAAAAAAAAAAAUCCGGCACCGAGAGUCUUGCUCCUCCAUUUUCUCUACGAUUCGUCGACUAUUAACGAUUACAAUCUGAUGCCAUUCGCGGUUUAACGUAGCUGAAUAUUUGUUCUCUAUUUUAUCUAUGUUUGCUUGUUCAUUUGAACCGUUUUUAAUCCAUGGAAUCUGAAAUUAAUAUUUUUUCGACGAAUUCAAUGCAUUAAUUAGGUGUUA